AUGCUAAGCCUCGUGAAGAAAGUUGUGACCGGGACGACCCCUGUGGGCCGUCGUGCGCCCGCGCCGUCUCGCCUGAUGAGCCAAGGCCCACCUCCUCCCGAGGGCAGUCUGGAGGCCAAGGUCCGCCACUACCUGCCGAAAGACUACCACAUCGUGUUGGCUACUUUGGGCGCAUACGCGACGCUCAUUAUGCUGUUCAAGCUCAAGCCGUCCUCGAAGAAGAAGGAGGUUGAGGAGCAUGUUGGUGGUACGUGUACUGACUGGUUGGUGGUAGCCGCUUCCAACGUGACGUCGAACUCGACGUCCAUUCCGUCGCUUUUCGACGACGAGUUCGACGAGUGGUCGAAGCUCCCGGGCAACCUUGACAAGUGGGAGAAAAGCCUGGAGACGCUUGGGAACUAG